ACAGUGCUGCUCAACUCUACCGCUGGCGGACAUGCCUAUGGAGCUCAACGAGAUCCUGAGUCGUUUGGCUCACGACUUACGCCGCCAUGCCGUACGGGGCCUAUUUCGAAGUGCACAACUCAGUAG